AUGCAGCCGUUCCGUGCUCCCAGCACCAGUGCGUUACGUUCGCGUCGCGAUGCAUCUGGGAGAGGCGGUGCGGCCGUUGCAACUGCCGGUCUGGCUGAAAAGCGCAUGCCAUCCGGAGGCGGCGCUGUGGCACCCAACAUGGGCCGACGCAUUGUAUCACAGGGCCUUGCACGGACGCAGCAGCGGUCAGGCGAACUGGGUACGUCUACUGUGCCUGCGGCCCUCCAAGUAGAUAAUACGAGCUUCGAAGAGUGGAUGAAGAUGGCAACGGAUAACAAGAUCAACGCGACCAACACAUGGUCAUUUGCACUCAUUGACUACUUCCACGAUAUGUCGCUAUUGCGCUCGGAUUCUGGCGAUGGCUCCAUCAACUUCCAGAAAGCAUCGUGCACACUUGAUGGCUGUGUCAAAGUGUGGACCAGUCGCGUCGACAGUGUAAUGGCUGAAACUGGUCGGCUGCUCAGUGGUCUACAAGACGAAGAUGCAACGGCGCACGGCAUCGGCGACUCGUCCGCGGCGGAAGUAGGUGACCGUUCGUACAGCGGUGCCGAUGAUGCUUCAUCUGCUGUGGACCGCGCAGGUGUGGAUGCAGAAGAUCAGCGUCGUGGUAAACGUCGCCAUCGCGCACAGGAAGCCACGCUUGCCAAGAGCUUUGCUCAGUUGCAAGUGAAGCGCUUUGAUCUGGAGUUUUCUGUCGAUCCUUUGUUUAAAAAAACAAGUGCAGAUUUCGAUGAAGAUGGCGCUGGUGGUCUUUUGAUGAAUCACUUACAUGUCGAUGACCAUAUGAAAGUUGUGUUUGAUGCAUCAGACGUGGCAGCGACGACGGAGGCGGACGAUCAUGACAUGGAUCAAAAUAAUAGUACGGAUGCUGUCUCUGCGAAUCAACAAACACUCACGCCUCCGUCUUCAGAUACCCCAUCUAUGGACAUGGAGAAGCUCCGUGCACGGAUCUAUGCAGCGGCUGCACAGACCAACCCAAGCGUGCCGAUACAGAUGGAGCCACUAGCGUCGCUCCUGGACACGCGCACCAUUUGCCCCUCGACAGCCAAUUUUACGUUUGCAGAGGGGAAUGAGGCCGCACCACCAACGAUGCAGCUGCCUGAGUUGGACGGUAUCGACGGGGCGAGCAUGGAUGUUGAAGAUAUGCCUGAAGACUUGGAUGGCGCUGAUGGCGUAGAUGGGCUUGACUUUUUUGACGGUCAAGUUGGUGAUGAUGUUGCUCCUACGAACGAAGAACUUGCUUUUGAUGUUGCAGUCGCGCACAAUGGACGGCGCGACACGGACGAACACGAGCGACUUUUUGAUUACUUUGACCAAAAGAUGCAAAAAAACUGGGCUGGGCCAGAACAUUGGAAGAUGACACGAAUACACAUGAAGAAGCCUGGCCUUGUAGCCGGUGCCACGACGACGGACGAGGCAUCGUCUGUUGUCGCGACAGAUAGCGGCGUCAAGGCGAAAUAUCGCCGUUCGAAAGAAGAGCAGGCGAUCGACUUUCUCAGUGCAGAGCCACCGCCGCCAGCCAAGGAACUUUUCGCUCCCAGUGCGACACCAAGUGCCAUCAAGCUGACCAAAUCGGCGCAAUCCGCGUCAGACGCUCACCUCCUACCUGAAGACCACCACUUUAAUUCAAAGCGCUUGCUGCGCCUCUUUUUGAAGCCAAAAGCGACGAUUCUCUUGCAACGACGUACAGCUGCGUCAUCGCCGGCUGGUCCCCUAGAUCCAUGGAAUGAUGAAGAUGGCAUGUGGAGCGAGAAUCAUGUCGAGUCGAUGCCUGCUGAAGACGGUGGUUUCGAUACGGGGCUGUUUGAAGAUCAUGAUCCAUAUGACGACGUGCUUGUGCCACCGGCGGAGCCUGCGCCGGCGGAUGCGUUCGAUGCCGAUAGCGAUAUUGACGAAGAGGCAUGGGCCAAUGAAGCAGCUCUCCGUCGUGUGCGACCGGAGUUUGUCGAUCAUGCAAAGCGUGCAAAGCAAGUCGAUGUCAAGCGACUCAAAGACAACCUAUGGAAAUCCCUUGAUUUGGAUGAACACGAACCCAGGACGCUGGACACAGCUUUGGACGAGCUUGAGUCCAUGUACACACCGGCAAAGUACAAUGAAAUUAGCACUUCGUUCUGCUUUAUAUGUCUAUUGCACCUAGCGAACGAAGAGGGUCUGGAGAUUGUGGCGCCGUCGUCAGCCAAAACAAUACCUGGUACAGACGGUGACACCACGGUUUCGUCGCCUGGUGCAGUCCUUGCAGCGGCUGCUCGCGCUGGACGUGUGGUGACGGACGAUGAUGAAGAUGGCGACAACAUGGAAGAAGAUUCUGCGCACGUCUGCGAUCUAGGUUCUUUGCAAGUCCGCCGAGAUCCUCAUGUAGAAGUAGCUUAA